AUGCGAACAACCAAUCCCUAGGCCCCGAACGGAACGCCUGCUUGCCCCUCGCAGAAGCCCAAACAAAGCGAAGCAAAGCGAAACUGGCCAAAGCGAAGGAGGAGCCGCAGCGAGACUCACGAAAGACAAAGAGAAGGCGAAGGCGAGGCCGGAGAGACAGCGGCAGUCAGAGAAUCGGUCGGAUCGGGGGAGGGGACUCGAGCACUAGCACGAGAACGAGCACGAGCAGAGGGAGUCGUCGCGUGGAUCCGGAGCCAAGGGUUGCUCGAUUCCAGCACUCGUCCCCGCGAAGAAUUCGAUCGCUCGCGCGAGACGAAUUGUCGAAUUCCGUCGGCCACCCAUCCCUCCACCCUCGGACGAACGAUGUUGAGGUCGGGCGGAGGAGCUGCGAUGCUGCGCAAGCAGCUCGCGUCGCUGGUGUCGAUGGGAGCGAUUUCCCCGUCUGCAACCGGAGCUGCUGCUCCUGCUGUGUCGGCCCAGCAGAUCCUCGGGCGGAGGGGCUUCGCGGCCGGUGCCAGUAAGGCGCAGCCGAAGCAGGACGAUGUGCAGGUGCCUCUGCCCAUGUAUGGCGUGACGGGCAAGUACGCAUCGGCCUUGUACGUGACGGCCGUGCGGGGCAAUGUUCUGGAGCCCGUGGAGCAGGAGCUGAAGAGCGUCGUGGGCGCCGCGGAUCACGACAGCGUUUUCGGGCAAUUCAUGAAGGAUCCGUCCGUGCCCAAGGAUGUGAGGAUGAAGGCGAUUCAGGACCUGUUCGGCAAGCAGUCGAGCUACCUCGAUAUCACCAAGAACUUUCUGGCCGUGCUCGCGGAGAAUGGCCGGCUCAGGGAAAUCCAGAAGAUUUCCAACGCCUACUCGGAGCUCGUGCUCGCCCACCGGGGCGAGGUCAAGGCCACCAUCACCGCUGCCCUGGAGCUGACGCCCGAAGAAUUGGAGGGCAUCAAGGGUGCUCUCAAGGGCCACUUGAAGCCCGGCCAGGUGCUCAAGGUGGAGCAGAAGGUCGACAGGAGCAUCAUCGGAGGCAUUGUGGUGGACAUCCUUGACAAGCAUAUCGACCUUUCCAUCGACACUCAGAUCAAACAGAUGGAGAAAGUUCUCGCCGAGAACCUGUGAGCCCAAUUGUAGCAGGUUCUGUUUUUGAUACGGACGUUUGGUUUGAGUCCAUCACUCCCACGAGUGCUGUCAGUAACCGGUGUGCCACGGAUUGGCAACGGAUUCUUCCCGCCGAUCAUCCGGCUCAGCAUGUGAGAUUUCUCGAGUGUAAACUGCUUGGAGAAGGGAGUCGUCUGGCCAUGUUCUGAUCCAAGAGAUUGCCUGUCCAUAUGUUCGAAAUUUUGAGUCGAAGUGAUUAGGGUAAAUCGCAAUCUCUCGUCAGAACUCAUACUUUCCUCACGCGGCUUGCUCUCUUCUUCUCCUCCCAAGGAUACUUGUUGUUCCGAAUAAUGCGUGGGUGAAGUUUAGGGUUAUUGGUGGAGCCUACUCCUCGGGAAGUACUUGUUACAUUGAACAAUUUAAUAAUUUUUGAGCCCUUGCUUAUGAACUCUUUUCAUCCACCUUCUA